CCAGGUUACCCGGACAACACUGACAAACGAUCGUAGAAAAACCAGAGACAAAUAGUUUUUCUUGUAACGGGUUUGGAUACAUUGGUUAUUUUACUGUGCACCAGUGAUGGCUUCAAUGAGUCUACGACGUAACUUGACCCUUAACCAGCAAAAGAAGUUGAUUGCCGAGGAAAGGCGAAAGGAGAUCCUCCGUGAAGACCAGAUUCAACGCGUUGCCAAGGAGAGAUUGUUCGAGGCCAACCUGAUGAGUGAGGAUCGUCUUGAAAAGAAACGAUACGUUAGAAGGGUCCAAGAGGAACAGCGAGAGGCACUAAUAGAGGAAGCACUUCAUAAGGCAGAGCAAGACCGAAUAUUAAAAGAAAAGCAGCUUGAGCAAGAAGAGAGGAUGGCCAAAGAAUUGGCAAGGAUAAGCUAUGAAAAACUGAAGGAUGAAAAAAUUAGACAACAAGUGCGGGAGAACAGCAUAGAACUGCGUGAAUUGGAAGGCAAGCUGAAAUCUGCUUAUCUGAACAGAGAGCGAGCAGCACAGAUUGCUGAGAAAGAGGUUUUGAGAUAUGAGAAAAUGAAAUCAGAGUCGGAAAUUGCCCACAAGAUGAAGCUUGAGCAUGAAAGAGCCUCAGAAGAGGUGGCGAAGCAAGAGAUGAGACACUAUGAGGAGACUGUCCGCUAUCAGCAGGAGCUGGAGCAGCAGCUUGAGGAGAAGGAGAGAAAGAAACAAGAAGCUUACGAAGAGUUUUUGAAAGAGAAGCUGAUGAUUGAUGAAAUUGUUAGGAAAAUUUAUGAUGAAGAUCAAAUGGAAAGACAAUUAAAGCUAGAGAAGAUGACAGCCACUCAGAGGUAUAUAGAUGAAUUCAAGAAACAGGAGGCUGAAUGGAGGCGUCUGGAGCGUGAAAGAAUGGAAGAGGAGAAUAGACGGAUCAGGGAGUUUGCCAUUUUUCAGCAACGCAGGGAAGAAGAUAGAAUGGCCAAAGUCAGAGAGAGAGAAGAAACAAAACAAUUCCUGCAAAGCAAGCUUGCAGAGAACAUGGCAAAAGAGCAGCAGCAGCGUGAUGAAAUGGAUCGGAUCAGAGAAGAGCUUUACCUGGAAGAACAAGAAGAAGCUGAAAGACAGAAGGAAAUGCAACAAAUGGAGAAAACAAUCCGUCAGCGCCUGGAGAUGCAACAGACCUACCAUGAGCAAAUAGCCUUCAAACAAUUGCGGCAGAAGGUUGAGCAGGAAGAGGAGGAGGCAUUUAGACAGAUGAUGAUGGCCAAGUUUGCAGAGGAUGACCGCAUUGAGCAGAUGAAUGCCCAAAAACGUCGAAUGAAACAACUAGAACACCGCAGAUCUGUGGAGAAACUCCUUGAAGAUCGACGCCAGCAAUUCCUGGCAGACAAGGAGCGUGAACUCGAAGAAAGAGAAAUGGAACAAAGAAGGGAUGCCAUCCGCCAUCAAAUCAUUGAGGAAGAAAGGCAGAAACUCCUGAAACAGCAUGCUACUAAAUUGCUUGGUUAUCUACCUAAGGGUAUAUUCAAAGGUGAUGAAGACCUUAACCUUUUUGAUGAAGACUUUCGAACAAAUUUCCAAAAGAGCAAAGUAGAUUUUUCAGAUGAUGGUUGGGAUUACAAAUAAUGCCUGUAACAAGCGUUGUUUUAGGUUUGCCACUAGAUGUCAGUCUUGUGCAAUAAUCUCUCUUACAGUUUGAUGAUUUACAUUAAAAUGUUAUUUCACAAAGCUUAUGUUUUUCUUUUGUUUAUAUAAUUAGCUAAAUAUUAAUUAUAUUGAAUGUGUACCUUGACUCUCCUUAUUAAAUCUGUUUUCAUAUAGUA